AUGUCACAUUCAACAGCCAAUGACACCAACCCACAAUCGAGCCAACAAGCAACUGCAUCAGCGUCUCAUCAACAUGAAGCAACUGAGCAAGAAGAGGAAAAGGCGUUCAUUGAACAAAUUGUAAACAGCACUUCUUACAUGACACCCAAGGAACUAUUGGAACGACUGGAUGGUGAUAGCUUCUUACGGUGGGUGGAGUAUAACCUGGAAGCAAACAAGAUCGAUGAUGCCAUCAACGAAGCAAAGGACAGUCUCUAUGCCGAGAAGAUGACGCAGCUCAAGAAGGAGUUAAGCGAAUUGGAAGCAGGAACGCAUGCAACAUUAUGUGCAAAUCUCAAGGCUUUGGAACAUGAGCGUGAUCAGCGGCUUUUUCGCAUCAACACAAUAGCUCAAAUGCGAGUGAAAUAUGUCGACAAUCAAUAUGAGUUGGAACGUAGCAUGGCCCAGGAGGAUUUGGAUAUAGGCAAACGACAUCUGAGGAAUGCAUGGAAAGCAUACGUUGACGACAGGAAUGCAGGCGCUCCUGCAGAUGAACUAUUGCCUCGCAAGAAACGAAAGGAAAUCAGCCAGCGUCCUGUGUUGGAGAUAUUGAAAGACAAAAUUGGAAUGAUGAAUUCAGUCACCAAUCGACGACAAGCUGCAGAUCAUAUCCUUUUUUUACCUUUUCUCGCUCUCUCGCUAUUGAAGAAGGAACGAGAUCGAUUAUCCAAUCCGCUCGAUACACGUGAUGAAAACGAGCUCCAUACAGAUGUUCUUGUCAUGCGAAAGAUUGCGGAUACACAUGAAGGAUAUCAGCGAUCACGAAAAACAGCAGCGACAGCUUCGUCAUCAUCAGGAGCAUCAUCAUCAAAACGUCAUCAACAUGAUACCAAUGCCAACACGGUUCGCCGAUCUUGA